UCAAAGAUGUUUUAAAGUGUGUUGAAGUGUGUUUUAACCAAAAAAAUGCAAUAGAAGCGAGGAACGAGAAGGUAAACAAAAUUUGUAAACAUAUCUGUUUGUGAACACUAGUGAGCGAUACUCAUACGUUCCACUGUUACAUUGUGAAAUAUGGCUAGUCAAUUGACCCAGUCUAAAAAGAGAGCGCUCGAUGAUAUGGACACUAACACCAUUAACACCAGUACUAGUGAUGAAGAAAUUUCAAAGGAAUGUGAAAACUUUCAGAUGAGAGAUGUCAUGCACGGUAUAACUAAUAUACAAAAUACUCUUGCAAACCUUCUACUAAGGAUUGAUGGACAAGGUCGCCAUCUAGACGAAGUUACCAAGGACAUUAGAGGAAAACAUGGCAUUCAGGAGAGAUUAGAAAACGUACAAGAACAGGCGAACGAUACGAUAUAUAUAACCACUGAACUGCAGGAAAAACAGAAGAAGAUGGAAAGAGAACUUAGCCGAAUGAAAGAUUACAUAGUUCGACUGGAGUAUUGUGUAAAGACUCAAAGUGAACAGAUUCUAGAACUAAGAUCUAGAGCAAUUGAAGACAAUAUCAUUGUGAGUGGAGUAGACGAAAAGGCGCCCGAAAUAAAAAAUCCUGAAAACCUUGUGAAGAUCAUUAGUAACGUGUUUGCAGUAGAGAUGGAGAUACCGGCAGAGACUGUUGAUAGCCUACAGAUAUAUAAAGUGUUCCGAAUGGGGGAAUACGACAAACAUAGGAAAUAUCCUCGGCCAGUCUGUGUCCAGUUUGUAAAUAAAUCACAUAAGGACAUUGUGAUGAGACACAUUAAAAUUCUCAAGGAUAAGAAGUCCCCAAUAAGAGUGUCUCAACACCAACCUGAAGAAGUCCGUGAAAAAAGGAAGCAUUUAUAUGAUGUCCAAAAGAAAUAUGCGGACCGUAACAUAGAAACGGUGCUAAAAGGUCAGAAGCUCAUUUUCACGCAGAGCAAGACGGUGUACAGGGAAAAAAUUGGUAGCAGACCAAUGGCCGAUGAGAUCAUCAGUGGAGAAGAGGUAAAGAUCGCGAUCAGUACGGGGAAGACAACAGAAGACAAUGGAAACCGGUUUGCUGCCCACGCAACGCCAGUAGAUUCCUAUAAACAGGUGAGACGAUCGCUUGUGGAAGUUAUGCGGACAGAUAACACUACCAGUGCAAGUCAUAACAUUUAUGCGUUUCGGUUCACCAGUAACGACGGCACGAUACACGAGGGAUCGGAAGAUGACGGCGAGCACGGAGCUGGGAGAAUGCUACUAAAGACACUGGCUGAUAAUGACAUAAAUAACGCAUUAGUGGUCGUUUCGCGGUGGUGUGGUAGUAAGAUCGGUUCAAGACGCUUCACGCACAUCACAGAGGUUGGGAUGAGUGCGGCGAGAAAUAUGCCGGUUCCCGUCUGACGCUUCAAAAUGUAAAUUAUGAAAAGUCACUAGCUAAAAAUACAAACUUACAGAAAAUAACUUUUUCAAUUAGUUAGUAUUUGUGCACUUUCAUCGAAUUUGACUAUUACGGUAAUUCUGCAUAAACUAAAAUAUUUAUUCUAGUGGUUUAGUGGUUUUCGAUAUGACUAUAUUCAUGCUGCACAUGAUAUCUGGAUAAAUUAUAAAUUAUGUUUAGGUUUUGAUACUUUCCGGAAUUUGCAAGUGU